AUGAACUCCGCGCCGCCCCCAUCCGCAUCCGCAUCCGCAUCCGCCCAGCCAGAGUCCAAUGGACAUGCUGUUGGUGAGCAGCAUGUCGAGCUCGAGGAUAUGGCCGACAAGAAGCCCGCACUGCCGAUAGAAGAAGACAUAAUGCAGCUGUCGCGAUUGGGAGAAUUAGCAGCAAUACAGAAGCUGUUCGAGAGUGGCAAGCACGAUGCGACGUAUGCGGAUGAGCAGGGCAUAACGCCACUCCAUUGGGCGGCAAUCAAUAAUCACUAUGCUCUAUGCCACUUCCUCAUCCAGAGCGGCGCAAAGGUGAACGCAAAAGGAGGCGAUGCAGUUGCAACUCCUGUUCUAUGGGCCGCAAAGCGAUGUCACUAUUACAUUGUCAACCUGCUUCUCGAACAUGGCGCCGAUCCUCUCCUCACAGACGACCAAGGCUUCAACCUCUUACAUUCUGCUACACUUGACGGCAACGUUUACCAACUCGUUCUACUGCUACACCAGGACAUCCCAGUAGACAUCCCAGAUGCGCAGGCACAUACGGCGUUAAUGUGGGCGGCAUAUAAAGGCUAUCCAUCCUGUGUAGAUUUAUUUCUUCGCUGGGGAGCCAAUGUCUAUGCUACAGACGACCAGGGAUUUACCGCUUUACAUUGGGCACUUGUAAAGGGGUCUCAGGGCUCAAUACAGAAACUAAUUGAGUACGGGGCAGACCGAUUCGCAAAGAACAACGACGGAAAGACACCUGCGACGACAGCAGAGGAAAUGAACACCACCGGGCAAUGGCAAAGAGCACUUUCAGAAGCUGGAUACAACAAGGAUGGAACGCCGAAAGAUUUCCCAAUACCCGGCAUAAAAGACACGCGAUGGUUCAUAUCACGAUUCAUAUUUUUCUGGCCGUUUCUUCUCAUCCUUCUCAGCAUAUUCAUUCUUAGCUACUAUCCAAUAUAUAUUGCGGUUCCUAUUGCGCUAGUACUUGCAUAUGGACUUCAAUGGAUUGCGCAAAAACUCCUGCGGUGGGCUCCUUCAAAUAUGAAGAGCAUGCAUCAUACUCCUUUUCUAGCAGGCAUAUUCGCGGGCACGUUGUUUUGGGUCGGCGUCAGGUGGCUCACGACCGUACUACCUUGGACGUUACGCACGAAUUUCUUCCUCAAUGUAUUCUUCGGAACACUUUAUGGACUUACAGCCUACUUCUAUUUCUUUACUAUGGCAGCCGAUCCGGGCUUCGUCCCCAAGUCAGCCAGCCGAAGCGCCUCAAAGGCGGUAAUUGAUGAACUUAUGGAGGUGCGACAAUUUGACGAAAAUCACUUUUGUGUAAAUUGUAUGGUACGGAAACCGCUUCGAAGUAAGCACUGCAAGAGAUGCGAGCGUUGUGUUGCAAAGUCGGAUCACCAUUGUCCUUGGGUGAAUAAUUGCGUCGCGAAUAACAAUCACCGUCAUUUUGUCUUUUACGUACUUUGUAUGGAGCUUGGAGUACUAGUAUGGGUUCGAUUGGCACUUGCCUAUCUUGAGAACCUGGAAUUCCCUAAAGAGGUCGAAUGCAACAUUCUUGACGGCGACUUAUGCAAAAUCUUGAACAAAGAUUCGUUCACCAUCGUACUUUCGAUCUGGACGGCAUUGCAACUGUGCUGGGUUACAAUGCUCCUCGCGGUUCAACUCCUGCAGAUCGCGAGAAACCUGACGACGUACGAAAGCAUGCGCGGCCAUCUUAACAGCCACACUCCUGCUGAAGCGCUUACCUCUUUUGUCACGACUGGAGACACAUCACAAGAUAUGGCAGGAGGGUCAGCACCAACCACUGGAUUCGGGUCAGGUCAAGAUACGGGGAAUCGGCAUCCACUGCGGCAACCAAAGCACUCAGUUUGGGAUCAGUGGAAGCGUCUGCUCGGUCUUGACACGUUCGUCGUUGCAGCAUUGCAAGGCUCUCAGGCUAACCAAACAAGGAAUCGUGGAAAUCCUUUCUCACGAGGCAUCAUCACAAACUGCAAGGACUUCUGGUGCGAUGGGGCGCCUGUUUUCCAGAAGAAAGAGAAGUUGACACAGAAGCCCGGGCCAUUGGCAGAGUACGAUGCGCGUGUCGAGUCGGGGAGGUUGAGGGAUGAUGAGCACCAGCGAGGAAUCAUCCAGAACCUCGAGGACCUCCAUGAGAUGCUGUCUCACUACACACAACCGCCCAUCCAGCAACCGACAAUUGACUCCCUCCAAUCUCCCAGAAAUUCCCUUUUCUCCUUAUUCUCCUCGAAACCGAAGCGCGUCGCCCUCCCCCCAAUACCACCGUCUCUCCCCAAGGGCCUGUAUAUGUACGGCGACGUGGGCUCAGGCAAGACCAUGCUGAUGGAUCUUUUCUACGACACCCUGCCACCAAACAUCAGGAGGAAGACAAGAAUACAUUUCCAUGCCUUCAUGCAGAGUGUGCACAAGGAUCUGCACAAGAUGAAGAUUGCGCAUGGAAACGACAUCGAUGCGAUUCCGUUUGUCGCGGCGGGCAUUGCCGAGAGGAGCUCAGUGCUGUGCUUUGAUGAAUUCCAGUGUACGGACGUGGCCGAUGCCAUGAUUUUGAGACGUCUCAUCGAGAGCUUGAUGACACAUGGAACCGUUAUAGUGACCACGUCGAAUCGACACCCCGAUGAUCUUUACAAGAACGGCAUCCAGCGGGAGUCGUUUAUUCCCGCCAUAAAUCUCCUAAAAUCUCGACUCCGAGUGCUAAAUUUGGACUCUCAGACCGACUACCGUAGAAUACCCCGUCCACCAUCUGGGGUUUACCAUCAUCCGCUUGACGCCGCCGCGAAGACGCAUGCAGAACGAUGGUUCCGUUUCCUGGGCGAUCUGGAGAAGGAUCCACCCCACAGAGCCACCCACUCUGUCUGGGGACGAGACAUCGAGGUGCCGAAAGCGUCGGGCAAGUGCGCGUGGUUUACGUUCGACGAGAUCAUUGGACGGGCGACGGGCGCUGCCGACUAUCUUGAGCUAAUGCGGAAUUACGAGGCUUUUAUCAUCACAGGUGUGCCUGGAAUGAGCUAUAGAACGAGAGAUCUAGCGAGGAGAUUUAUCACAUUCAUUGAUGCUAUCUACGAAAGCAGGGCAAAACUAGUAAUGACUACCGCUGUACCACUUACUUCCCUCUUCCUCUCCGAAACCGAACUCUCGGAAGCCAUGCAGGCUGGCCAAUCCAAAGGCGACAUUCCCUCCAUCGACGAAAACCAGGACAUUUCAGACGUCAUGCGACAUCUUAUGGAUGAUCUAGGCAUGAAUAUGAGUAUGUUGAAAAAUAGUAACCUAUUCACAGGCGACGAGGAAAGAUUUGCUUUUGCGAGGGCUCUCUCUAGGUUGAGUGAGAUGGGGAGUCAGGAUUGGGUUGAGAGAGGCAUGGGCCUGGAGGAGAAAGGAGGCGAGAAGGAGAUGAAGGGUUGGAAGAGGGUUCGAUCGAGGUGGAGGGAAGAUUCAUUGUAG